AAUAAAAAUGAAGAGAGAGAAAAGUUUGCAGGCAUGUAUGUAAGCGUGUUAAUUAUGCAUUAUUUAUAGUGCGAGUGAGAAGUGAGAACCCCACUAUGUGUCAGAAAUAUCAAUUCAUGCAACACUCUCUUCUCUAUAACUCCUCCGAAUGCCAUCACUUAUCUUCUUUCUCUCCCAAUGGAGCUGCAAUUGAAGAAAACCGCCCUUUCAAGAAGCUGGAUUUUGCUCGACAAGGAUGGCACAGGCACCAUCCUGGAUGUGGACAAGUAUGCUAUCAUGCGCAUGGUUGAGAUUCACGCUAGGGACCUUCGAAUUCUCGACCCUCUCCUCUCAUAUCCUUCAGCCAUUCUCGGCAGAGAGAAAGUCAUUGUUCUCAAUUUAGAGCACAUAAAAGCUAUUAUCACUGCACAAGAGGUGCUUCUUAGGGAUCCAAUGGACGAUGAUAUUGUGCCGAUUGUUGAAGAACUUCGAAGACGGUUACCCAAAUCCACUGGGGAUGAAGAACCGUCUGCUCAAGACCGUGAAGCAGGUGGAGAAGGGGAAGAUAACGAAUUUCCGUUUGAGUUCCGAGCAUUGGAAGUUGCAUUGGAAGCAAUUUGCAGUUUCCUUGAUGCAAGAACAAUCGAGUUAGAGACUGCUGCUUAUCCAGCUUUGGAUGAACUCACAUCUCAGAUUAGCAGUCGUAAUUUGGAUAGAGUGCGGAAACUGAAGAGUGCAAUGACAAGGUUGACUAAUCGAGUUCAGAAGAUAAGAGAUGAACUAGAAAACCUACUUGAUGAUGAUGAUGACAUGGCUGAUCUUUACUUAUCCAAAAAGUUGGCUAAUUUAUCUUCUCCUGCAAGUAGUUUUGGUGCUCCAAACUGGCUUCUUAGCUCUCCAAAUCCAGAUUCAAAGAUUCACAGAUCAAGCAAAGCGAGUACAGCAACUUCAGUUCAAGUGGAGAAUGAUGUUGAGGAUCUUGAAAUGUUACUUGAGGCAUAUUUCACGCAAAUCGAAGGCACAUUGAAUAAACUGAACACAUUGCGUGAAUAUAUUGAUGACACAGAAGAUUAUAUCAACAUACAGCUUGACAGUCACAGAAAUCAACUGAUUCAGCUAGAGUUGUUCCUUAGCUCGGGGACUGUGUGUCUGUCCAUAUAUUCAUUGGUAGGAGCAAUAUUUGGUAUGAACAUUCCAUAUACAUGGAAAGAUGGUCACGGAUACAUGUUUAAAUGGGUAGGUACAUACCAUAUCCCUUAUAAAAAUUUCUACAAAAUCCUAUGCCAGACCACUGGAAUUUACUCAGCAUUGUUUAUACUUUUAUAGCCUUUGGAUACAAAAUUUGUUCUCACCGCUUAUUAUUAUUAUUCAACUAUCACUAUGAUUUCUGGCAAAAACACUACGUUAUUUUUUUCUAAUACUGCCAUAUAUAAUUUUUCUUUUUCUCUUUUAUAAGUUUUCUGAGUUGAAAAUUUGGUAACUUUAGGUGGUGAUGCUUGGGGGAAUGGUUAGUGCAUCGUUGUUUUUAAGCAUAGUAACUUAUGCCCGACGCAAAGGCCUUGUGGGGUCUUGAAACGCAUAGAGAUUCGUUCAUGUUGGAAGCUGAAAUCCAUGCGUGCACCCAAACAAUUUUUUGUAUCAUGUCAUCCAAGUAAUUGUUCAAUCUUCUCUCUCUCUCUCAAAAGCUGCUAGCUAUCUAGCAAGUGGGGACUUAUUUUAUUUUAUUUUUUUGAUUGGAGCAAUUGACAAGUUGUAUAUGAUUGUUGAUGAAUUAGCAAUUAAAUUAGAUAAAGUGCAGUCCAAUCUAAUAAGAGUAUAUAUUUUACCUA